CAGGCUCAUAGUGGAGUUAAUUUGUGUGCGGGGCUAGUAUAGUACAACCGCAGUACCGAAACAAAUACAAAUUGCUGUUUUCCACAUCUGAAAACAUGAUGGAAACUUUUCACACAGUGGAGAACAAACCGGAAAAUCCGCAAAUUGAUUAUUUACAGGGCACCAGGUACAACGACGUCUACGAGAACGACUUUAACUCUUGGAAUGACUAUUUGGGACUGUCUACCCUGAUUACCUGCACGAAAGCGGGGACCGGGGCUAAUAAAACCGGGUUAAGGACGGGCGCGGAGGUGAAUCUGACUUCUAAAGCGUCUUAUUUUGAAAAAGCCCUGGAUUUGAAUGGCUUUGGUAUCUGUGGCCACGAGGAAGACCUUGUUUUGGGGGAAAGGUUUGCAGAUGUCAGCUCUUUCUCCUGUAGGUCGAGCCCUGCGCUCUUCAGCGGCUCUCCUGAGUUUUUGGACCGCGGUAGAGCGCUGGCAUGGCGCGUAAUGGAAAGCAAGCUUCAGAGCCAACAGACUCUCCAGAAGCAAAGCCGAGGGAAGAUGGAGCUCCAAGUGUGCGUGUUCUGCAGAAAUAAUAAAGAAAGCGUUGCCCGUUAUACCACCCAUAUCUUGAAGGGACCCGACGGGAGAAUCCUUUGCCCUGUGCUGCGGCGAUACACCUGCCCGCUUUGUGGUGCAAGUGGAGACAAUGCGCACACAAUCAAAUACUGCCCUCUCUCCAAACUUCAAGCAAAUGCAGUAAAUCAACUGAAAACGACUAGAACCAUCAUCGGGAAAAAAAAUCGCUAAAGACUUCUUAUUUUCGUUUUUCUUUUUAAAGACUUGCCUGUUAAAGUGAGCACAAGUUCCCUUUUAUUAGCUCACUUCAAUGAUUAUACUUUGAUUAUGUUCUAUACACGAAUGAAACUAGAAAUAAGGAACAGCCAUGUAAAUCUGGCUUUUAGUUCACUGUAGUUGCAGAGUUAUGUUGUAGUUCACUUUGUUAAUCAGUUGGAGUAUAAUCUAUUUACAAUAAGUAGUUAGAAACCCAUUUUUUUCAAAGUUUUGUUGUUGUUGUUAUUAUUAUUAUUAUUACGCGUGCAUGAAUGUGGGAAUUCUGUUUGACACAAUACUAAAAACACUAUCUGACUGGUAAAAAUAGUCUUAUUUUUCAGUCGUAUAUCCUUUAAUUUAGACUGAUUAAAACCCAGAGUUCUCAGUUAAGUUAUUUACGUCAGACGGAAAAUAAGGGAAUAUUUUUGACAGAAUUUAAAAUUAGGCAGCGCCACAAGUCGUUGGAUGUACUGCAUUUCAUUUUAGUAUUUUGGAAGUAUUAGGUUUAGAUAAGUGCCAAAAUCUACCUCAUGUCUGGUGAUUGUAUAUGCGUUAGAACUAAUGUCUUUUCAAGGCGAGACUGUUCAAAGUUUAAGUCCAAGCGUUGCAACUUUAACGUUUGGUAUAUUGUUGUGCUUUUGUUUGCUGUUGGUGUUAGUAAGUUUGACUGUAAGAUGCUAAUCUAUAACAACCACUAAUCAAUUUAUGGAGCGGAACUAGACACACUGUGUUAAAUUGUGAAGUACAUUUCUUAAACUGUGUGAUGUGUUGUUUUUAUGGUAUUUGUUUUUCCUAGUUCAUUACUGGCCUCUGUCGGGCAGACGUUGAAUUGCAGUAAAAUAUGCAGCUCAUGUGAUUUGUGUAAUGGCAAUAGCGCCCAAAUAAUGAGACGCACACAAACCAAAUUAUAAUAAAUAAUGCUAGUUUCACAGACUCCGAUUUGACCUAAUACUACAUUUGCAUAAUCCUCAAGUAGAGCUAAUAAGGGUCAGCGGAACUAUCCGAUAGACAUUAUGCCUAUGUGUAGUGUCUUCUAAUAAAGACCACAAACUGUCAAUUUU